AGUAGGGUCAUUGGACUGGGGCUGGGAUGUGAGGAGGGGGUCCAGACCCUUUGUAGAGCCCACAACCCCUUGCUUUCCAGAGUUCAGAAAACUCCUGCCAGGCUGAUUUUGGGGUACGGGCUGCCUAAACAUUCCUGCUGUGUUGCAGAAGAAAGAAAAGGCUUCUCCCCACUGGUUGCCCAGCCUGUGUUAGCUCCUAGCAGGAAACUUGAAAUCCAAAUUUACUGAGUCAGGACCAGGAAGGGUGGGAAACCCUGGCAGACGAGGGGUGUAGAGAAGUCAGGAGUUGUUUGGGCCUCUGUCCAUUGCCCUAGGCCUUUGUCUGGAAGAUUCUCUGGUGUAGUUGUGACCCUGUGGCUUUGAUGUGUCCCUGGGCACUUUUUCCCUCCAACGUGAGCAUGGGCUGCCUGCAGGAAAUGGGAAGACGGGGUCAGACAGGGAGCCUGGGGAGGGGCCAUGGUGCCAAGCCAGUUGUGGGGGAAACUGGAGAAGCCGCUUCUCUUCCUGUGCUGCGCCUCCUUCCUCCUGGGGCUGGCUUUACUGGGCAUACGGCCGGACAUCGCCCCUGUUGCUUAUUUCUUUCUCACCUUGGGUGGUUUCUUCUUGUUUGCCUGCCUCCUGGCCUGUUUCCUGGAAUGGGGGUUCCGGCCUGAGAGCCCAGGGGCCUCAGGCAAUGCACGGGACAAUGAAGCCUUUGAGGUGCCAACCUAUGACGAGGCUGUGGUGUCGGAAUCACAAUGCCACCCCCAAGAGCUGGAUCAACCACCCCCUUACAGCAGCAUUGUAACCCCUGCAGGACUUGAGGAGGGACAGGCUAGCCAUCCAGAGGGGCCCAGGAGAGCCACACUGGAAAGGCGAGUGGGCUCAGAGGGGUCUACGACUCCAGGAAACCCUGGAAGAGCUCUAAUCAGCCUUCGGCUUCGGGGACCACGGGUCGUGUCCACUGUUCCUGAUCUGCAGAACAUGGCGGUGCUCCCCAAAUUGGAACCUCUUACUCCUCCUCCUGCAUAUGAUGUCAGCUUUGGUCACCCUGAAGAUGAUAAUGUUUUCUAUGAAAACAACUGGACACCCCCCUAAAUGACUUUAUCACUAUAUAACAUCUCUGCACCAGACCCACUCAUUUAUUUGAUCAACAUUUCUCAGUGCCUGCUUCAUGUCAGGAACCGUGUUUCUGCCUGGACGUCACAAAUGGGGACUUUAACCCAGAGGAGUCAGGCUAUGGUAAGCCCCUCCCAGUUGAGGCGUUGGUGGCAACAUUCAGUGACCUACCCCAUAUCU